AUGCUAAAACUUGAUGUUAUCUUCGGUUCUGAGAUCAUGCCAAAUCUUCUUGGCAUCAUAGCUGGACAUCUAUACUACGUCUUAACUGUCCUUCACCCUCUCGUCACCGGAAAAGAAAAAAAACCACCUGAAAACCCCAAAAUGGGUGUAUCCUUAAUAGUUCCAAAUGAUUUGUUCUGUCUAUUUCUGGUUUUUGUUGGUUCUUGUGAUCCCUUGACUGUCUCAAUAGUAAUUAAAAAACUGGUAGCAAGGUGGCGAAUAGGAGCUCCAGUAGUAGCGGUUCGACAAGAAAGUGGUGUAGGAGCUGUAGCUGGAGUAGGAGUAGGAGGAGGAGCUUAUUCUAGUAAAAUAUAA